AUGGAUGUUGUGAUAUUUGCUUUGAUAACUGGUCAUAGAAGUGAUGAGAAUGGAGUUGGAGAAUUCUGUGUUACUUCCCACCAUUUUUCUGUCAAUGGACAUAUCAGUAAUAAAACUUUCAGUGAAGCAGGAACUCCUCUUGGAUGUGCUAAACAAGUUUUAAGUGGUGUAGAACCCAAUAAACAUGGUACCUGGUUAAAUGGCAGAAAUGGUUGGUGUGAUGGUAGAAAUGUGUUUCCAUGGGUUAUUGACAUUACUCAACAAGUUUCUCUAGGCAAAAACAAUCAAAUUACAUACUUUGGCUGGUUCAGCGGGACAAAUCCAAAUCCCAAACAUUAUCCAGGAAUGAUAGCAAUUUAUUCCUACCUUGUUUAUUACAGAUCACGACUGUACAGUUGAAGUUACUGUAAUGUAUGGACAUUAUGUGAUCAAUAGCGAAUUUUUAAGUUGUCUAGAGAGUGUUUUGAGGUGCAAGACAUAAGGACAGGAAAUGGGUAUAUGGACCAAGAGGUCCCCAUUUAUGUGAUG